AUGGGUUCCCGAGUAAAUAGAAAAAGUCUCCUGUAUAACAUUGGAAGAUUAAACAAAACAGUUACACUUUUCGAAGCCAAGUGGCGGACAUUCUUGGAUGAUCAUGUUCAGGAUUUCAUUAAAGCAGUUGCUAUGGGAAUUGAAGAAGGGUAUGCCCCGAUUUACAGACCGAAAGUUGUUAGUUUUGAUGACGCGAUGUACUGUAGGGAGAUAUUGAUAUCACCAAGGAGAGAUCCUACAAAAAAGUACCCUUCAAAAGCUAUCCUGCUGGCAUUCAAGAAAUUCGAAAAUAUCUAUGCAGCGGUCGAGGAUAUGCGAGACUGGCUCGGAUUUCUGUUGGUCCAACUUGCAGAGUUUAGUGCUUUCGAGAAACGAGAAGAGACAAAGAAAACAGACGCAUUUGAGACACACAACGAGAGAUACAUGGAGACGUUGGAACGCUACAGGGACUGGCCAACAGAGAAGAAACUUCGUUUUGAGAGAGGCCACGAGGCACUCCAUCAAGAUCUCGUGUAUAUUCUUGCCGAGCCUUUGAAGUGUCGGCGAUUUGGAAUGCUUUUGAGUCAUAUCUCAUUUGCUAUAGACUGUGCCAAAGAUGUACUGCUGGUACUUGGGCCUACCGUAAAUGCAUGGAUGUUAGACGCCAAUACGACUGUGAUCAAAGACCAUGAAGAGGCUGUAUCGUCGUUAAAACAAUGUCGUCGAGAAGCGUCAAAAUUAGGUGACAGCUAUCUGGAGUCGUUCACUUUCUCCACCUGGCCAGUGUGUUUGGGGUACAUCGGACGAGAAGGCGGAAUCUUACAUAUAAAAGACGCCGGCAUCCAACUUUACGUUCCACAGGCUUUAAUAUCAGAAAACAUCGUCCAGGAGUUAUACGUCAAUAUUGAAUCAGCAGAUUCACAAUCCGCAGAUAAAAUGGUUUAUGGAAUAGAUGACGGGAAUACUCCGUUUUUGACUGUCUCUCCCGUAGUAAGGCUUGGCCCUGUUCGACUCAAAAUGAACGAACCAUUACUUCUGACGAUCCCGCACUGCGCAAAAAGAGUGGCAGCUAGUAAAUUCAAGAUGGCGUACAGCAGUCACAGAAUAGGUGACAAGAGUACCUGGAGAAUGCUUGCCAGCCACGAGCUACAGAUGGUUGUUAAUGACAACAGCGUGGUGGCGCUGGUCAAAUACGGAGGGUGUUACCAGGUGAAAGUGGAAUCCAAUGGCAACGACGAUGAAGACGUUUGGAAAAUCGUCGGCGUUGGUCUUUUCUCUUCCCCAAUCAAAGAUUUUAUGAGACCGGAUGUUUUGAAACUACAGGUGUAUAUAUGGAACGCCACUGUGGCUGAUAGAGAGGCUGUACAGCAGGUGGCGGCACAACAUGGCGAAUUACAAUUAGUUGACACGGGCUACAUGGUUGUAAACCGUACCGGUAAACAGUUGAUUGUCAUGGUAACACCACCAAACGGCUGGAAAUGCACCAAUAAUGGAAAGAGAGUUGCAUUGGAAGCCGUGAUGUCCAUGGGUGUUAUUGGUGGCUGUCAGAUCGGAUGGAUUUACUGUCGUAGAGCAGCAUCGCUGUCGAAGACAAGUACACCGCGGUCAGCCAAUGUAACUGUCAAUGUUCGACAACUUAGAACAAAGAAUGCUGUCUCUUUACGCUACGUGGCAAAGCCGACUCCAGUAAAGAAAGAUGAAAUCAGCUUAACGGAUUCAACACCGCGUGAUGAAAAAACAGACAGAAAUAUCGUCGAUAUAAUAAAGUCGAGAACGUCUCGCAUAAUGCCGGAUGCGGUAUUUGACAGACUCUGUAACGCAUUGGACAAAAAAAGUGAUAUGGUUAUUAUCGUUGAUGGCGCUGUUAAAUGCAUGGAUUACAGAUGUCUGGCGAAAGAUAUGGCAUUUAAUGUAAGCGUUCACAAGUAUUGGAAGAACCCAGAGCCGCUGACCAAGAACUUUUUCAGAAAGGGUAAGCACCGUGGAGAUAAGAACCCCGCGUCAUCAAGGUCUAGCAGUAGCGCAAGCAUCACCACAACGUACUACAUACAUGGCUGGGAGGCUCUAGGCACUCAGAGGCCGAUUUCCGUAACGAGCAGGGACAGCAGUGGUCGUUAUGGCAACAUGUUUAGUUCUCCAAUUCGUUCACGGAGCAGUAUGAUGAAUGGAUACGGCAGACCGGUGAAUGGGGUCAGACCUGGAAGUAGAACUGAUAGCGCCACCACAGUUCAGAGUAACCACGUAGCAGGUUCAAAAGCCGGAGUACUAUCGUAUAGUCGUCCUCACUCUACCAACAGAGUCAACUCGUCCAGGAGCGGGAAAAGUAUUUCGUUUGAAUUGGAUCAAAAUAGCUAUAACCCCAAUAAGAGAUACACUCCUAGAUACCAGUCUGGAAGUCCACGCGUCGACACUGCAAGCUGUAAUGAACACUGUGCGACGUACCUCGGGGAAAGAGAAAGCUUGGACAACGAUCAUCGAUGGAAGAACCCGGCCAAGAGGUUGUUGCAUUUUAUUAUUUCUGAAGAGAUGCGAGCUGAAAAGUGUAGAGCUGAGAUUCUUGAGAAACUGUGGAGAAUGAUGGGUAAUAUAGGCAACAUUUAUGCCCAGCAAGUCCUCUACGAUGGUACUGUCUUGACAUUAGAGCAAACGGCUGAAGUAGCAGAGGUCAUCGCCGAUAUAUGGCCCGUGGUGGCGCGUAAUAUGCAAUUUACUGAGGAUGAGAUUGCCGCAGUGAGACGGGAGCAAACAGUCCAUAAUUGGGAUGAAAAAAAUGCGGCCAAGAGGUUUCUUACGGCAUGGAUAUCUGUAAUGGAAAAGCAAAAUGAGCGUCCAGCGUUGAUGGAACUGUUACGAGCAGUUGAAAUGGUUGACAAGGAUCUGAUGUUGUUGUUGGGCACCCUACUGUGA